AUGUUGCUCCAGGAAACUGAACAUGGUGAAGGUGGUCAUAUAUCUCCAUGUGGGGAUGUCUAUAGCUUUGGUAUCGUGCUCCUUCAGAUGUUUACAGCAAAGACGCCUACAGAUGCAAUGUUCACAGGUGGAUUUACCUUACUAGAGUAUGCAAAGAUGGCAUAUCCAACACAACCAAUGGAGAUUAUUGACCCUCUUCUGCUAUCAGUUGAGAAUACACGGGGAGAUAUCAAUAGCAUCAUGUACUUUGUCACAAGACUUGCCCUAGAAUGCAGUAGGAAAAGACCAACUGAAAGGUUGUCCACCAGAGAUGUUGUAGCAAGAUGA